AGUCUUUUAAGAGAUAAAGGUAAAAAUUCAUAUAUAAAUUCACCUCUUCUUCACUUCAUCAACCCACCACAACAUGGACUUCAGACUCUUUAUUCUUGCUCUUCUUCUGCUGCUACAGGCUUUUGCAGAAGCUUCAUCCAACAGCACUGGAGUGGCCAGUUUUCUUGAAAAUACAAAUGGAGGAAGUAAGAAGGUGGAUCUGAAGAACCAAGAUUUCCAGUUGCACAAAAUCAAUUGCAAGUAUGAAUGUUCUAGAAGAUGCAGCAAAGCAUCAAAAAGAAAGAGAUGCAAAAGAGCAUGUAAGUCAUGUUGUCACAGAUGUCACUGCGUGCCACCUGGUACCUAUGGUAACAAAGAUCUUUGUCCUUGUUAUGCACGCCUCAAGACUCACGGAAAUAAGCCUAAGUGCCCUUAAUAUUAUUAUUAUUUCCAUUCAUGUCUCUUUCUAUCUUCUCAAACCUAAGCGUAUCCUUUGUGUUGAGAGUGAACUCUGUAAUAAAAUAACUUUUUUGUUGUAUAACAAAGAGAGAUUGUGUAUCUGAUCUAGAGAGUGUUUUGUAUUAAAUGAUUAAUUUUCCGGAGUGAUUAGCUGAUAUCCAAUGUGAAAGCAAUGUUAACUUUAAAAACGAAGUUUAAAUAUAACUUGAAAUGCUGCUUUGAACAUUUUUGAAACUCAUACAAUUAGAUGCUUAAACAAGAUCAUUAAAAGAUU